UGUGGCAUCAUCGUAGAUGUCACUUUUAUCAAAAUAGAGUGGGUGGAAAGAAAGAAGCUUCAUCUCCAUGGAGAAAGGUAGUAUUGAACAAUUGGUUCCUGACAUAUCCCAUGACGUCCUCUUAUCUUAAUCCAUUUUCAUUUUUGCUUCUACUCAAUUAUUAUCACUAUUCCCAUACAAUUCCCACCCAUAUAUAUUUAGUCACAAUUUCAUAAUUUUACAACUCAACUAAUAAUAUCCCACUUUUUUUCUUACCAAUAACAUUUGAAUAUUCAUUUCCUCUGUUUUCUUUCACCUGAAUGAAAAUCUCAAUAGUUACAACAAUGUUUCAACUUGAAGGGCUUCUUCCUUAUCUCUUACCUAUUCUCUUAUUAAACCUUCCCAUAAUACUCUUUUUCUUAAGAAAACCAAACAAGAAAAAAUCUUCAACAAAGAGCAACAUCACCAUCCCAAAAUCAUAUCCUCUUUUCGGCUCCUAUUUAUCUUUCAGAAAAAACCUCCACCGCCGUAUCCAAUGGCUCUCCGACAUCGUCCAAAUCUCCCCCUCCGCCACAUUCCAACUCGACGGCACCUUAGGCAAACGCCAAAUCAUCACCGGAAACCCAUCCACCGUCCAACACAUUCUCAAAAACCAAUUCUCCAACUACCAAAAAGGCACAUCCUUCACAAACACCCUCUCCGAUUUCCUAGGCACCGGAAUCUUCAACACCAACGGCCAAAACUGGAAGUUCCAACGACAAGUCGCAAGCCACGAAUUCAACACCAAAUCAAUCCGUAAAUUCGUCGAACACGUCGUCGACACAGAACUCACAAACCGUUUAAUCCCAAUCCUCACCUCAUCCACCCAAACAAACCAAAUCCUCGACUUCCAAGACAUUCUCCAACGUUUCACUUUCGACAACAUCUGCAAUAUCGCCUUUGGUCACGAUCCAGAGUAUCUUACACCCUCAGCCAACAGAUCAAAAUUCGCAGAAGCAUACGAAGACGCAAACGAAAUAAGCAGUAAACGUUUCCGUUUACCGUUACCAAUCAUAUGGAAGAUAAAAAGAUACUUCAACAUUGGUUCGGAGAAACGUCUCAAAGAAGCUGUAACAGAAGUACGAGGUUUCGCGAAAAAGCUAAUACGAGAAAAAAAACGAGAGUUAGAAGAGAAAUCAUCGCUUGAAACAGAAGAUAUGUUAUCACGUUUCUUAAGUUCGGGCCAUUCUGAUGAAGAUUUUGUUGCUGAUAUUGUGAUAAGUUUUAUUUUAGCAGGUAAAGAUACAACUUCAGCUGCAUUAACUUGGUUCUUCUGGCUGUUAUGGAAGAAUCCGCAUGUUGAGGAAGAGAUUGUGAAGGAAGUGAAUGAAAAAUCUGAAAGUUUGGUUUAUGAUGAAGUGAAGGAAAUGGUUUAUACUCACGCUGCAUUGAGCGAGAGUAUGAGAUUGUAUCCACCGGUACCGUUGGAUAGUAAGGAGGCGAUAAACGACGAUGUUUUACCGGAUGGGAGGGUUGUGAAAAAGGGGACAAUUGUGACUUAUCAUGUGUAUGCAAUGGGGAGGAUGAAGAGUUUGUGGGGGGAUGAUUGGGCUGAGUUUAGGCCGGAGAGGUGGUUGGAGAAGGAUGAGGUGAAUGGGAAGUGGGUUUUUGUGGGGAGAGAUUCGUAUUCUUAUCCGGUUUUUCAGGCCGGGCCGAGGAUAUGUUUGGGGAAGGAAAUGGCUUUUAUGCAAAUGAAGAGGGUUGUUGCGGGGAUUGUUGGGAAGUUUAAGGUGGUUCCGGAGAUGCAUUUGGCUGAAGAACCGGGUUUUAUUUCUUUUUUGAGUUCGCAGAUGGAGGGUGGGUUUCCUGUCACAAUUCAAAAGAGGGUUUCUUCUUGAUUAAUUCAUGAGAGCAUUCACAUUAGUUAUUACUAAUUGGUUAUAUUGAAUGUUUUGUUUUGUUUGUGUGUCCAUAACAAAUAAUAUAUGUUGUAAAAUUCAAUAAAACUUUGUAUAAAUUUUCUACUAAAUAUAGUUUUUGGGAAACAAAAAUGAGUAAUGCUAUUUAGUACGAAGGAAUUUGGAGAAGAAAUGCAAGAAUGAAC